AGUCGAUUCACUGCUUGAUCCCAUCCAUCCUUGACAGCUCCGUUCGCUUCCAGUAUUCCGGUCAUCCUCCUCUCUCGGCAUUCCAGUGGGAUUCGUUCAACAUGGGCAAGAGUCAGAGUAAACUGUCACAGCAGGAGCUGGUAGAUUUGCAAAAGGCGACUUAUUUCGACAAGAAGGAAUUGCAACAAUGGUACAAGGGCUUCCUCAAGGAUUGUCCCAGCGGCACCCUCACCAAACCUGAAUUCCAGAAAAUCUACAAACAGUUCUUCCCCUUUGGCGACCCGUCAAGUUUCGCCGACUACGUCUUUAACGUGUUCGACGCCGACAAGAGCGGGUCCAUCGACUUCAAAGAAUUCAUCUGCGCGCUGUCCGUCACCUCCCGCGGCAAGAUGGAGGACAAGCUGGAAUGGGCCUUCCAACUCUACGAUAUCGACGGGGACGGCGCCAUCAGCUACGAGGAGAUGUUGGCGAUUGUCGAGGCGAUUUACAAAAUGGUCGGCUCGAUGGUGAAGCUGCCCGAGGACGAGGAUACGCCGGAGAAGCGAGUACGCAAGAUUUUCCGGAUGAUGGACAAGGAUGAGAAUGGUAGCCUGGACAUCAAUGAAUUUCGGGAAGGGAGCAAACGAGACGAGACCAUCGUAUCGGCGUUGUCGCUUUAUGAUGGGUUGGUAUGACAGAGGCUGAAAGGCUUGAGCGUAUCCUCUUGUUCCAGCGAUGAGACUUGAGGGUAUCGCUCGCCCGGAUGACACUCUACAACCCGAGAGGAAAUUCCAGAAACUCGACCAUUCGCACGAGACGACCGAUGUGUGGAAAGCUGGUAUAACAUAGCUCCGGACUUUGGCUUCUAUCUUGAGAAACAUGCUGGGACGCCUCUCAAAGCGAUCCCUGCAUAACGCGAUUCUGGCGAUUGUACAGAUGCUUGUCGACGAUGAUGAUGUUCAUGUGGAAUUAGACUAUGAGAACACAAAAAAAUGAUCAUAUGCGAAGAAGAAGAACACACUCCCUCCUCUUUUCUUCUUUUCUUCUCUCAUCAC